GCUCCGCCCCGCGCCGCUGCCGUGCGCCGGCCGCGGGCUAUGGCGCUCCUGCUCUCCGUGCCCGCAGCCGUGGCAGCUUUGGCGGCCCUGGCCGCCCUCCUUCUUGUCCUGAUAUGUAUGAUUGCUCAUGUAACUGCCAGAAAAAUGCCAACCCUUCACCGACAUGAAGAAGAGAAAUACUUCGUAAAUGCCGAAGGCAGGAAAGAAUCUGUACCAAGUAUACAUGAUCCCCCUUCAAAGGAACUCUCUGUUGUUGUGCCUUCUUACAAUGAGGAAGAUCGGUUACCUCUUAUGAUGGAUGAAGCUUUGGAUUAUCUAGAAAAAAGACAGAAACGAGAUGCUUCCUUCACUUACGAAGUAAUAGUGGUCAAUGAUGGUAGUAAAGAUCAAACUGAAAAGGUUGCAAUGAAGUACUCCAAGAAAUAUGGAAGUGACAAAGUGCGAGUGCUUUCUUUGGUAAAAAAUCGAGGGAAAGGAGGAGCAGUCAGGAUGGGUGUCUUUAGUUCUCGGGGGAGAAAAAUUCUUAUGGCUGAUGCAGAUGGAGCUACAAAAUUUGCAGAUAUUGAAAAAGUAGAAGAAGGUCUAAAAAAUCUUCAACCAUGGCCUAACCAGAUGGCUAUUUCCUGUGGUUCUAGAGCUCAUCUGGAGAAGGACUCAAUAGCAAAGCGCUCUUACUUUAGAACUCUUCUUAUGUAUGGGUUCCACUUCCUUGUGUGGUUUCUCUGUGUCAAAGAAAUCAGGGACACGCAGUGUGGAUUUAAGCUUUUAACCAGAGAAGCAGCCUUGAGGACCUUCUCUACUCUUCAUAUAGAACGCUGGGCGUUUGAUGUGGAACUGCUUUAUAUAGCUCAGUGCUUGAGAAUACCUAUAGCAGAAGUUGCUGUCAACUGGACUGAAAUUGAAGGUUCUAAGUUAGUUCCCUUCUGGAGCUGGCUGCAGAUGGGCAGAGAUCUCCUUUUUAUACGACUGCGAUAUAUGACUGGUGCCUGGCAGAUUGAAACAAGAAAAUGUAAUUAGGUUAUUUACAUUUUCCAAAUAUAUUAUUAUACUUACUGGAACAUGAGAACAGUUUCAAUCAAGGGAAGUGGUGAUGAAAGCUGAGGUAAUUCUUCAUUGCUUCUGUUGUAUGUUUCUUUUUUUGCAGCUUGUAUGCAUUUUAUAAGGUUGUCAGCAGGAAAUUUAUACAAAGUUUUGAAAAGAGAAAUCAUUUCCCAAAAGAUUUUCUUAUCUGGUAAUCAAGUUUUUAUUUUGUUAAAUAGUAACUUUACCAUGUCUUGCAAAUUCACUGAAAUAAAUACAUCUGCUUUUGUCUUCAUCAUACAUUUUGAAUGUCCUUAUACAUAUUAAAAAGGUGCACUCUAUUCUACAUUGUGCAAUAUUGUGUUGUGAACGACCACAACCAUUUGUUUCCGUGCUACCUGGAAACACAUGACCAUAUGGCAACUUGAAGUUAUCAAUCGUGGUUCAUGCUGAUGCAUGUUUAGAUUCAAUGUUAUGGGAAACA